AUGAGUAACACGGAGCCAAAACCACGUGAUCACAACAAGGAACUGCGCACGGCUACCCAACCAGCCCCAAAUACAUCUGCACCCGUCACAACACUAAACAACCCCAGGCCCGAGUCACAAAAACAGGUCAACCUAGCUGACAAUGCACAGAAAAAUAAAGGGAAAGAAACUGAACAGCUGACAGUAGCUAAAACAGAAAGUAAGUAUAUGUAUUUGAUGGAUUAUGAACUGGUUAAAGGGUCAGAAGAUGAUUGA